UCGACUAUAUACCGGAUGUUUACGUUUUUCAACUGCAGCAUGGCUACUACAAGUUUUCAGAAGAAAGCUCGAGUUAAAAUAAAUCAAAUACCAGGAACUAAACCGUCAUUAUUUAACAAUCAGCUACUUAUUUCCUCAGGUGUCCCGUCUCUCGACAAUAUUAUAGGUGGCGGACUUGCUGUUGGAACAGUAUGUUUAAUUGAGGAAGAUGUGUACGGCAGCUAUUCCCGUCUACUGUUGAAGUACUUUUCUGCAGAGGCAGCCAUGACUGGCCACUCCUUGUUACUGGCCAGUGCUGAUCAGGAUCCUCAACAAAUUAUCAAGGAGCUCCCUGGACCAAUACUAGAUGAUCCAGGUGAUGUGAUGAAGGGAAACUCACCUGAACAGUCAGAAAACAUGAAAAUAGCCUGGCGAUAUCAGCAUUUACCUGCCAGUCAGGCAGGUCACUCUAGUUCUAAGUUUGGUCAUUAUUACGAUCUUACAAAAGUAAUGGAACCACAGCUCAUCUCAUCUGUAAACCCAGCUCUUGUUGGAAUUGAGGAACUGGAAAGAGAAUGUAAAGAAUGCCAAGAUCUAAAUCCCAAGUAUAAGUAUUUAUUGAAUAGAAUCAAAGAAGAGAUUGAUAGAGGGCAUUUUAGUACAACAGAACAGACAGAUAAAAGAAGCAUAUUAAGAAUAGCUGUCCACUCCCUGGGUUCUCCUCUGUGGGAUGAGUGUGGGGGUCUGGCCAGUAACCAGGAGGACUUGGACUACUCCCUCCCCAGGUUCUUGCUGGCACUCAGGGUGUUGAUGAGGUCUGCCUUCGCCGUGUGUAUGAUAACCAUGCCUACACAUUUAUUUCAGAUUCCAGGUUAUGUCGGGAGACUGCGCAAGAUGUGUGACACGGUGCUACACAUGGACAGUUUUGCUGGAUCUGACAAAGAGAAAAACCCAGCUUUUAAAGAAUAUCAUGGCUUGUUUAACAUUGUCCAGCUACCACGCCUGAACUCCCUGCUGUGCCAUAUGCCUGAUACACUAGAUUUUGCCUUCAAACUUAGGCGAAAAAAAUUUACAAUAGAGAAACUUCACCUGCCCCCGGAGUUGUCAGAGACUGCGAACCGAAACCAGGAGGACCCAUUACCUCACCUCCAGCCCUCCACUGCUCUCUGCUCUACCACCAAACCCAAUAAACUCGAUUUUUAAAAGGACUGAGUUUAUUUUUUGCUGUAUAGAAUUAGUUAAUGUGUUAUUCAUGUUUCCUAAAUGUCUUUCAUCCCUCUGUAUAAAGUGUUAAUUUUUUCUUUAAUGAUGAUUUUCCACAAGAAUUCUAAAUUUAAGAUGCACACACUUUUAGGAUAUCUUUGAGGGCUAAAUUUUAACAAUAAAAAUAAUUUCACCCAUUUUCUACUCCUGAACAAGCAGAGUGCAUCCAUGUACAUUCCUGGUUGCUAUCUAAAUAUAACUGUGAGUAUCAUAGUGUGAUAUCAAAAAGUGUGCGUGAUAAAUCUCACUUAAUCAAGAAAAUAGCACCAAGUCAAGGAAUCAGUUGAAUUUUGGUUGACCAUCCUAUUUUCAUCACAAUUUCUUUCCAAUCAGCGUCUGUUUAAAUGAAUGCUUCAUUUCAACCUGAUUAUAACUUGUUUGGAUCGUACCCUUCUACGCAUCUUCGUGUUGUAUAAUUGUACUCCAUCUGGUUACAAUUAAGCCCAUGAGCCUCUCUAUCCUUUGUUUGUUGGAAGUAAAUUUGUUUAAAUCAAAUACAAAGGACUAUAUAUAAGGACUUGAAUUGAAAACAUAAAGCCAAGCUUUGAACAAGUACACGUGAAUCGUCAGAAUUGGUCUCUUAGAAAUAUAUCACUGGUAAAAAAAAAUUGUUUGUUCAAAGUUAUCUGGAAGAAAAACCGCUUGAAAUCAGAGACUUGUAUAACGGUUUAUACUUCCCUGUUGAAAUUGAGGAAUUCAAUGCAAAUGAUACUAAUAUAGCAAGAAGAGGUUUACUUUUUUAAAAUUGCGGCAUUUUGAGCAAAUUGAAGAUCAUGAAUAAGCUACACAAAUAUACAUGUACAUGUCAUCAUUCAGUAAAGUAAAAUUAUUAAUAUGUUUGUCCGUAUUUUGUAGGGAGACAUUCCCAGACAUAAUCCUCUGUUGUUGAGGAGUUUUGGACACCUUAAUGAAGUAGAGUGCAGGUUUCCAUUAUUCAUUAUGACAGCAUCUUGUCAGAAUCCUCCCUUGUUUCAAUCUGUUGCUGCCAGGUUUAGAUUUAAUAAGUGCGAGAGCUCUCCAUCACUGGGGCUUUGGUUUUUUUUCAUAAACUCGAUAUCUGGUCGCAUGAUAAAUCACCAUUACUCGGGCUCUUCUAGAAAGAUAAAUGCAGGACUCGCUAAUGAUGUUUUGAACCAAUUUACCAUGACAAUGAUAUUAAAGUCCCCUAUUUUAGGCCAACGUGAUCUUUUAGGUGGGGAUUUUUCCGAAAGAGAUAAUGGUAAAUUCAAUUAGUGCAUAUUAGAACUUUUGAAAUCCAAAUAUCACGACAAGCCCCUAGCAACAAAUUUGAACAUUGAAAAAAGGGGGAGGGGGCUGAAAAGAAUGAGUGUACCAUACAAAAGAUUGCUAUGGAUGUCAUUUCCCUGCAAAUUAUAUAAUUUGCUUUUUAGAAAUUAAUUCCUCUUCCAGAUGCAUCUAGGAGGCGUGCCUCGCAAUAUGGAUUAAUAAUGAAAUGAUAUGAGUGAUGAUGUUCAAGAAUGCAUCGCGAGCCCUCUGACAGAAUCGUUAGCGUUCAGCACUACUCAUAUGAGACCGGACGAUUUGGAACAGUUCUAAGUUCAGGACUGACAGACCGGCGUCUAGCCUUAUUGUAUCAAUUCAAUGAUAAGUGCUUUGUUCUAGAUACUCGGCAAAGUCCCUCGGUAUUUCACCCCAACGAAUGUACAAAUGAAUUUUUUAUUCUGCCGAUAAUUCUCUAAAUGGUGAUUAAUGUUAUAGAUAGGACGGUACACAAGAACGGACACUGAGCGUGGCAUUAAUGCUGUCGUUAAUUAUGGGUUUCAUUCUGUGCCGAAACAUAAAAAUGAUCUUUAAAUAAUGGUUGUAAAAUAUGAUGGUUAAGAACACGGAUGAAUAAGGCGGGUAAGAACGGAUAAUAUAAAAAUUACAGAAUCAUAUUGAACAUAAAUCCGUUCGAAUCUAAAAAGCUGUUGUAUUGGUGUUUGAAACACAUUAAUAAAAACUAUAGUGUAUGUGCACAGUCUUAAAAUGACAAACUUCAAUACAGGCGACAACAAUGUACGAUAUUUAGAUACAUUUAAUUGGUUCAGGAACAAAACAUUGAAUUGCUUUUGUUGAUAAGUGAUCCCAAGAAACCAAAAACGAUUUCUUUUAUGUUUCUUUAAAAUAAUCCUACCCUCUUUCAUACAAAAUCUUGGUUUUGCACUUUUUUGUGAUCUUAUAAUUCAAACUUGAUGAAUUAAAAAGAAAAGAUUUAUAAUUAAACUAGUA